AUGGAGAUUAGUAAGGUUACCUUGGAGAUAUUCUCGAAGCUUGAGCAGCAAUGGCUUUCUCAACGAGAAAGCAGCAAGAAGACGCGUGUCCUUAGCAUUGACGGUGGCGGAACAACCGGCAUACCAUCCGGCGCCGCCUUGAUCCACCUCGAAGACCAGAUCCAAGCCAAAACAGGUAACUCUGGUUCUCGCAUCAUCGAUUUCUUCGAUAUCAUAGCCGGUACCGGCAUUGGAGCACUCCUGGCGGCAAUGCUUAACGCCGAUGACGGAAACGGCCGUCCACGUUUUACUGCGAGAGAGGCGGUUAAAUUUAUCAGCGACAGGAACUCGGAGCUGUUUAAGGUGAAGAAUGUUGGCGUAGUUCACCGUAGACGGAUGUUUUCCGGCAAAAGUAUGGAGAAGGUGUUGAAGGAGGCGUUAACUAGAGACGACGGAAAGGUUUUGACGCUGAAGGACACAUGUAAGCCUCUGAUUGUUCCCUGCUAUGACCUGAACAGCUCUGCGCCCUUUGUUUCUCCCGAGCCGACGCCUCCCAAUCGGCUAGCUACAACUUCGAUCUCUGGAAAGUUUGCCGAGCCACAUCGUCUGAUCCGUCAAUGCUCAAGCCAUUUCAUCUCACAUCAGUCGACGUGCGUCGUUGGCAUUGUUCUCGACGGUGUAUCGGAAACUGUUGACCAAAUCUUAGGUAACGCUUUCUGCUGGAACCAUGCCGAUUACGUUAGAAUUCAGGCGAACGGUUACUUGAACGGCGGGGUAGGGCCGACGGUGUCGAUGGAGAAGAUGUUGAAUGAGAGAGGAGUGGAAACGUUGCCGUUUGGGGGUAAGCGGUUAAUGACGGAGACUAACGGACAGAGAAUCGAAACCUUUGUACAGCGUCUUGUAGGAAGUAGUUUACCUCCGAGUCCGUGUAAAAAUACUACCGUUAGUCAACAUGUUGACGGUCGUUAAGCCUUACUGUUAUUAUUGUUUUUUUUUUUCUCCGUAUUUUAGGGUUUUUAACUUUGUUUUUGUGUUUUAGGUUUCCUACUUAAAAUGUUGUAUCAUGUUUCAGUUCUAUUAUCAUGUUGCAGUUAGUAAUAAAAUUUAUGA